GAGGGGUUUCUCGCGGAGCUGAGUGACCCGCUCCCCACCCAUCCCAGGCGCUCGUUCCGCCUUAAACAACAACAGCAGCAGCAGCAGCAGCGAUCUUUCGCGACGGUACCAAGAAUUAUAACAACAAUACCAAUUAUAAUCAACAGUUACACACAGCCUACAGGGUCCCAUUGGUGAAGGCAGAGGCGAGGAACGAGGCGUGGGCCGCGCGCGGAGCGACACGGGCUGAGUGAGGUGGUGGCGCGGGCUUCCUGCUGCAGGUGGACUUUACUUUUGCGCCAAGAGAAAAGUAUACGUUGGUUCUGAGCAGUACCGACCACAACGCCUAAGAGACCAUGGCUAGCCAAGCUGACUUCAUGGAGCUGGACAUGCAGCUGGAACCUGACCGCAAGGUGCAGGUCACCCAGUGGCAGCAGCAGUCCUAUCUGGACUCGGGCAUCCAGUCCGGGGUGAACACCACGGCGCCAUCGCUCAGCGGCAAGGGCAACCCCGAGGAUGGAGAGGAAACGCGCGUCGUCUAUGAGUGGGAACGGACCUUCAACGCGAACCUGUCGCGAGACCACACCCCGGACGCCGAGAGCCACUUUGCGUCGACGCGCGCCCAGCGCAUCCGAGCGGCCAUGUUCCCAGAGACGCUGGAGGAGGGCGCGCAGGUGCCGGCCACGCAGUUCGAUACCGAGCAGCCGACCAACGUGCAGCGCCUGGCUGAGCCGUCGCAGAUGCUGAAGCAGGCCGUGGUGAACCUCAUCAACUACCAGGACGACGCCGAGGUGGCGACGCGCGCCAUCCCCGAGCUUACUAAGCUGCUCAACGAUGAUGACCCGGUCGUGAUGGGUAACGCCGCCAUGAUGGUGCAUCAGCUGUCGAAGAAGGAGGCGGCUCGCCACGCCAUCAUGGAUUCCCCCCAGAUGGUGGCGGCAUUGGUGCGCGCUGCCCAGAACACCAACGACAUGGAGACGGCUCGCUGUGCUGCCGGGGCCCUCCACAACCUGUCGCACCACCGCCAGGGACUGCUGGCCAUCUUCAAGUCAGGAGGCAUCCCAGCCCUCGUGAAGCUGCUCAGCUGCCCUGUGGAGUCAGUGCUUUUCUACGCCAUCACCACGCUGCACAACCUGCUGUUGCAUCAGGAGGGCAGCAAGAUGGCCGUGCGCCUGGCAGGUGGCCUGCAGAAGAUGGUGGCCCUGCUGAACAAGAACAACGUCAAGUUCCUCGCCAUCACCACCGACUGCCUGCAGCUGCUGGCUUACGGCAACCAGGAGAGCAAGUUGAUAAUCCUGGCAAGUGGGGGUCCGGCUGGGCUGGUGCACAUCAUGAGGACGUACACCUACGAGAAGCUGCUAUGGACCACGAGUCGUGUACUCAAGGUGCUCUCCGUGUGCCCCAGCAACAAGCCCGCCAUCGUCGAGGCCGGUGGCAUGCAAGCCCUGGGUCUUCACCUGAACAGCCCUAGCCAGAGGCUCAUGCAGAACUGCCUGUGGACCCUUCGCAAUCUCUCCGAUGCUGCCACUAAGCAGGAGAACAUGGAGGGGUUGCUGCAGUCGCUGGUGCAGUUGCUGGGAUCUAAUGACGUGAACGUCGUGACCUGCGGAGCGGGCAUCCUGUCCAACCUCACCUGCAAUAACUACCGCAACAAGAUGGUUGUAUGCCAGGUCGGUGGGAUCGAGGCUCUGGUGCAGACGGUGCUGCAGGCCGGAGACCGAGAGGACAUCACCGAGCCGGCUGUGUGCGCACUGCGCCACCUCACCAGCCGCCACCCUGAUGCCGAGCUGGCGCAAAAAGCUGUACGCCUGCACUACGGCCUGCCCAUCACUGUGAAGCUGCUGCAGCCCCCGUCACGCUGGCCCCUCAUCAAGGCUGUGGUGGGGCUCAUCCGUAACCUGGCGCUCUUGCCAGACAACCAUGCGCCGCUGCGCGAGCACGGUGCCAUCCCCCAACUUGUGCAACUGCUGGUUCGCGCUCACCAGGACACGCAGCGCCAAACCGCGGCCUCCGGGGGACAGCCACAGUAUGUGGAUGGCAUCCGCAUGGAGGAGAUCGUGGAGGGCUGCACAGGCGCCCUUCACAUCCUGGCACGCGAUGCCCACAAUCGCACCGUCAUCCGCGGACUGAACACCAUCCCCCUCUUCGUGCAGCUUCUCUACUCCAACAUCGAGAACGUGCAGCGCGUGGCGGCUGGCGUACUCUGUGAGCUGGCGCAGGAGAAGGAGGCGGCCGAGGCUGUUGAAGCGGAGGGCGCCACGGCGCCUCUCACCGAGCUGCUGCACUCGCGCAACGAAGGAGUGGCAACGUACGCAGCGGCCGUGCUGUUCCGCAUGUCGGAGGACAAGCCCCAGGACUUCAAGAAGCGGCUGUCGGUGGAGCUCACCCACUCGCUCUUCAGAGACGACCCAGCUGCUUGGAAUGAGGGUGGCGUGAUGGGAGGAGACGUGAUGCACCCGGUGGAUGCCGGUGGGUACCACCAGAGUGACAUGUACGGGAGCCACGGCAGCCUGCUGCAACCGGGCGGCCCCAUGCAGCAUUCAGGCUACCCUGGAGAGCCAAUGGGCAUGGAGCCCAUGCUGGAUCAUGAGCUGGGAGGGCCUCACAGAAGCCAGGACUUCCCGGACGGGAUGGGAGACCUAUCCCACCAGGACCUGCCCCGCCAGGAUAUGAACGGGCUGCCGCCGCACCCCGGCGAGAACGGCCACAUGGCCUGGUUUGACUCCGACCUCUAGGCUCCCCCCCGACAGGUGUACCAGUGGCUGAUGCUGAAGGCUGAGGGACCAGCCAGGCAGAUGGAUUCAAAGAAAGUGCCUGAUGCGUCCUACUUUUAACCCAUUUCCUACAUAUUUGUAAAAUCAAGCGUAUUGGCAAAGUUACUCUCUUCAUGGUGUGCAGGAAAUUAAUCGGAAACAUCUAAUUCUCCUGGCCAGGACAUCAGUUUGUCCGGGAGCAGCACGCCCGGCUCUUAGGUUUUUGAGCACAAAUCAAGUUUAUUAUUCCCGUGCAGUGAUAAUCAUGGCAAGCGUAGCUUGGAUCUCGGUGAGUGUAUUUGGGGUAAUCUUUAAACGGUUAAUGAAAUGCCAUCACUCUCGGACUGAUGCGCUGGGGGUCGGUGUUUGCUGUCUGCUCGUUCUUGACGUCUGUGCACGUAGUGAGUAGCGUGGUGAUGCAUCAGCAGCGCUCGGGUACAUGUACAGUAGGCCAUAGUGGUGUCGCAACACGUGUAGUUUUAGCAUUACAUAUUCCACGUGUGAUGAGGCAGUGUAUUGUGGUGAUGGUAACAAACGGUUUUAGGAAAUUCACGUUAAUUUGUGGUCCAUUUAACGAGUUAACGGUACCUAGUAUUUGGUGCAGGAACCUACUGAAGUUGAACGUCUGUUUUAACACGAUGGUAAAAAUCAAUUCUUGAAGGAGGUUUUUAAUUGCGCGCCAAGCAGUGUUGGCUUCAAAAGUUGCAUGCAGUGUCGGAUUGGCGUUGGUGAGGCUGGCUAAUGCUCUAAGCUUCCCCAUUGGUGGUCGUCAGGGAUGUAUUCACUGUGUUUGUGCAUGGCUUUAAAUGCUUUCCCCCCCCAAAUAAAAUGGUUUUUAAUCAUCGA